GGGUGGGUUUUUACUGGGGGAUGAGCGAUGGGAGAUAAUCCGGCAGCCUCGCACACCGCGGCGAACGCGGUGCAGGCGCUGGGCCGGGGGUUCGACGUGAAUUUCGACACGAGGCUGCUGUAUUGCAAGGGGGUCGCGGGGUCUAGGGUGGUGCAGGUCGACGAGGAGCACGCCCGGGAUCUCCGGCUGUACGAUGAUCUGGUGGUGCCCAGUGUUUCCAGGGACGUCAGUGUCUCUCAGGAGUCUUGGGGGCGCCAGCAAUCUGGGAUUCACACCUACGAUGAGAUGGUGGAAUUCUUCAAUAGAAAGGUGAAUCUAUCAGGAAGCCCUCCUUUAGGGAGCUUCAAUGCUGCAUUUAGCUUUACUGGCUCAAAGCAUAUUGAUGCAGCGGCGACAAAGACCCUCUCCACAGAUGGGUUCUAUAUCCCGCUUGCUAAGGUCGAAAUUAGCAAAUAUCCUUUAGUGUUGCAAGAAAACGUGAAGCACGCAGUUCCCUCUUCAUGGGACCCACCCUCCUUAGCAAGCUUCAUUGAGAACUUUGGGACACAUGUGAUUACUUCUGUGACAAUCGGUGGGAAAGAUGUGAUUUAUGUCAAACAACAUCAGUCAUCGCCUCUGACAACUACGGAAAUUAAGAAUUAUGUCCAGGAAAUUGGAAACCAGCGAUUCUCUGACACAGAGAGUCAUGCAAGUUCAGGUCAAAAUAAAAUUAAGGACAAGGGUGCAGAUCCUCACUUAUUCUAUAGCCAGGGAGUAUACCCUCAGCCUACGGGGGCACCAUUUCUAUCUGGUAAAGAAGAUGUUACAGUGAUAUUCCGGAGAAGGGGUGGAGAUGAUUUAGAGCAAAAUCAUAUUCGGUGGGCAAAAACGGUGCAGUCUUCUCCUGAUAUCAUCGAGAUGACCUUUUCUACAAUUACAGCUCUUGUUGAUGGAAUAACUGGAAAGGAGCAUUUGACUCGAGCUAUUGAUCUCUAUCUUGAAUACAAGCCACAGAUUGAAGAGCUGAGGUACUUUCUAGAGUUCCAGAUUCCACAGAUAUGGGCUCCUGUCCAGGACAAAAUUCUGGGUCCCCAAAGAAAAGAACCUGUUUGUCCAUCUUUGCAAUUUAGUAUAAUGGGGCAGAAACUUUACGUCAGCCAAGAGCAGGUAUCAGUCGGAAGGAAACCUGUCACAGGCCUGCGGUUACGUCUGGAAGGAAGCAAGCAGAAUAGGCUAUGUAUACAGCUUCGACACUUUGCAUCUCUUCCAAAGAUUAUUCAGCCAUACUGGGAUGCACAUGUCGCAAUUGGUGCUCCCAAGUGGCAGGGGCCAGAGGAACAAGAUAGUCGAUGGUUCGAGCCAGUCAAAUGGAAGAACUUUUCACAUGUUAGUACAGCACCAAUUGAAAAUCCAGAGAACUUCACAGGUGAUCUUUCUGGUAUCUACAUUGUCACCGGAGCUCAACUUGGAGUGUGGGAUUUUGGGUCAAGAAAUGUUCUAUACAUGAAGCUUUUGUAUUCUCGGCUACCUGGUUGCACAAUUCGAAGAUCACUGUGGGACCAUUCACCACAUGACAUGUCAAGGAAAGCUUGUAACAAUGGAAGCAGCACCAACUCUGGUGACUCCCAUUCAGGUUCAAGCGAACACCCUUCCGGUGACAACAAGUUGGCAAAGUUUGUCGAUAUGUCAGAAAUGAGCAAGGGACCACAAGACCCCCCAGGUCAUUGGAUAGUUACUGGUGGAAAGCUGGGAGUGGAGAAGGGAAAGAUUGUUUUGAGGGUGAAGUACUCCUUGUUAAAUUAUUGAAACUUGUGAAUGUGCCUCUUUCGUUUCCAGUGCCGAAUUUAGUUAGGUGGGAUCGGCGAUUGUAGUAGAAAUGCAAUAGUGUUCAUGUGUGGGGAAACAUUGCAGUUCAAAGUUGUUUAAUGGGUGGUCUUGAGCAUGUAUUGUUUAUCCAAUUUUGAUGGGGAAUUGUGUUUUCCUGUUUUGGAACGGGGCUAAUGUACCCUUGACGAGUGGAGUUUCCCAAGUUGUAGAUACACGUAUCUGAAGUCUCAUUUAUUGUCACCAUGCAGUUUUUUUACCA